AUGCGCGCAAGGACUCUGCUGAUCAAAUAUCACAUCUCCGGGGAACCCUUGGACAAGAUGCACGAAGAGCAAAAGAAAUGGCCUGGUUCCACCGAGCGUCCACGCACCCAGUCAGGACAGCGGGCGCCACCUCAUGCUGUAUCAGCGCCCUAUUCGCCCUUCACCGACAACGUCAGUCCAGCCGCUUCGAAGUCCCGACCUCCCAAAAACUCCAAACGCUCGGCCCAUUGA